AUGUUUAGAAGAGCCGCAUUCAUCAAACCACGCUUAACAGGAUUCAUUAGAUUUAAUAGUACCGAAUCUUACAAUGCUGCACUAGGGGGACUAAAGAAAGAUUUGAAGCAAGCCAUGUUGGCUAAAGAUGAAUUAAAAAAGACUACUAUCAGAGGUCUGUUGUCAACUAUCAAGAAUAAAGAAAUUGAUAAUAAAGACAAGACCCUUGACGAAUUCACCCUUUUCGACUUGUACUCAAAAUUAAUUAGUCAGAGGAAAGACUCUAUCACAGAGUUUUUAGCCAAUAAAAGGGAAGAUUUAGUGGCUAAAGAACAACAUGAAAUGGGGAUUAUUGAGCAGUACAGGAGUGCCUUACCUGUGGCCUCUAAAGAGGAAAUUGACUCAAAAGUCUUACAAUUGUUAAAAAAUUUGAAGGAAAAGGAACCCACUUUACAGAUGAAGCAAGCCUUUGGUAAGAUCGAUUGGAAAACUGUAAAUUCUGAAUGGAAAGCUUCCCCUAAUGCUGUGAAAGCAAGCAUUGUUCAACAGUUCAAAAAUGUCUUCUGA